GUGUGCCUGAGGCCUGGGGGCGUGUUUCUCCUCAGGGCGGGAAGGAGGGAGGGACCAGGCAGGAGGCCUGGCUACGCAAAAGGGAACCGAGCUGCCAAAGGAGGAAGCGGCCCAGACUGAAAAGGGCCUAAUGAGCGGGCUUGAAGGAGUUCCUAGCACAACCCUAAUUAUUUAGGGAAGGCUGCUUCGAAGAAGGUACAGUAUAUCCAGGUUGGAACAGGAAUCAAUAUGUUGCCGAUGAGUGAAGCAGUCUUAUCACAGAACAAAGUUGGAGAGACCUUGGAGGAUGAAGAUGACAUGACAUGUGGAGACUUAGGAAAUGGACUUGUUAAAAGACAUAGUGGUCUGUAUGAACCUGAAGGCUUCAAUGUACAUGCAAGUAGGCCUAGAGGAUGUUCAACAGGGAAAAGUGUUAGUCCAUUAAUGUUGAUUAAGAAAGAAGACUCAGAUGUUCCAGUUCUUUGUUGUUCAAGGUGUAACAGUUUGAGUGACAUGCCUGUUAAGAAAUUUGGAAUGAAUGAAUUUCGAACCUACAGUCGACAAAACAGUUCUGAAUCUAAUUCCGAAGCAUCAAAUGAAGAAUUAAAGCAGCAGCUUCAAGAAGUUGUGGAGGAAGUAGAAAUUUUAAGAGUUGAGUUAGAAGCAUCUCAAAGACAACUUGAAGGCAAAGAGCAAGCCUUAAAACUUCUGCAGAGCAUGGCUGUGUUGGAUAAAGCCACUAGUCAUACUAAAGCAAUUUUUAAAAAAACUGAGGAGCAAAAGAAAGCUUUAGAAAAGGAAAUAAAUGUUCUACAAUGGGAAAUGAAACUUAACCAGGAGAAAUUUAAAAAUAUAGAGGAGGCUUGGGCAGAAAAAUAUGACAGCAUAUAUUGUGAAAAUUCUGCACUUAAAAAAACACUUAAAUUGAAAACGGAAGAAAUUAAAUCACUGAAGUCUGAAAAGGAAAUUUUGGAUCAACAACAUUUGGAGAUUCUUGCAAUGCUUGAUGUUAAGCAACAGAAGAUUGUUCAGGAGAAUAUGUCCCUUAGCAAGAGUGGUCUUACAGAGAUUACAGGACUUGAAAUGGCAGUACUUGGAGCCUGCACUUGUAAUGGUCCUGAGGGAGAGCCAUGUUCCUGUGCUAAGAUGUCAGCUGCAACCAGAAAAAAACUUCUUCAACUUAACAAAGAGUUUGAAAUUCUGAAGAAGAGCAAAGAAGAGGCUUAUAUAAUGGCAGAUGCUUUCCGAAUUGCGUUUGAGCAGCAGCUGAUGCGGAGGAAGGAUCAGGCUCUGAGGCUUGCACAGAUGAGUAAGAGCUGCAGAAAAGAAACAAGAUCACUAAACUGGAAACACAUCAAGGAGGAUGGUGCUUUCAGAUCGCAAGGAAUUAAGAAAAGCUUGGGAGAAAGGUUGAAGGGCAUGCUUAUAUCGGGCACCGACAGUAAGAAACUGGAAGAACUGGACAAUCCCCAUGAGAUCAUCAGAAUGUUAAUAGACUUGUUGAACGAUAAAGAAGAAAUUUUGGCCCAUCAAAGGAAGGUUAGUUAUAUGCUGGCUCGUACUUUGGAAAAAAAAGAAAAUGGUUCACAGAAUAAAGCAAAGAAACUUUCAGAAGAGCUUCCUCUUCGGAAUAGACAAUGUGGAAACGAUUCAGAACCCCAAGAAUUGGCUAUUCCUUUAUGUUCCUGUUGCCAAACAUAUACCGUUGAAGAUGGCUCUUGUUCUGUUUCUAAUACAUGUCCCAGCAGAACUCUAGAUUGUACGUCUAAGAAUUCACAUUCCACAACGUCGGGAAAAAACGAUAAUUUAGAAGAAUGCAAUACGAACUGAAGUUAUGUAGUCAAUGGAAAUUGAAGCUAUGGACUAUUUUGUAGAAACUUGAAGUGAAAAAUGGCAAAGCAACACAAUAUCCUAGCUCCUUCAUGUUUUACGACUCCUACUAAGAUCCAUGUCUCUUUCAAUGUACACAUGGAGCUCUUCUGAGUGGCUUUCUGUGCUGUAUUUCAAGUCAGGGAGAAGACAAGACCACAGCACAAUGCUAGAAAUUAAAAGCUGUGUGUUAUAUAGAAGUCAGUAUGAAAGAUUAUAGAACCUCUAGAUUGAACUGUAAUUCUGUCAUUAUAAUGCAGAUCUUUUUAAAUUAAAUUAUUUUAGCAUAUUUCUGUGCACUAAACAGAUCUUGCUCUUCUGCUCAUAGGAAAAAAUCUCUUCUGAUAGACUCCCACCCACACCUACAAAAGUGUAAAAAGUUGUUUUCUGCUGUGCCUUGUAUGUGACAAUCAGUGAAAACAAGGAAGACAUUUCCUUUCCCCUCCAUUUCUUUUGUGAGUUGCUUCUCUUUAGGCUAAGACCAAAAGACCUCUUCAAGCAAAGAUGCUACAUUUCUUAGACCAUUCAUGAUUCCAUAGGACUGAACCAAGGCAAUUAAAGUACAUUCCUUCUACGGCAUAGAUGCAUCCCAAGGUUUUCUUUUCCAUUGCUGGAAGUUUUGAUGUUCUAUCAUUUUUGUAUUUAAAGAAGGAAUUGUAAGUAUGCUGCCGCUGUAAUACGCAUCUUUUUUGGUGAAAUUACAAAGAAUGCACUUUUCCCCAUUGCGCAUUACAUUCAGCAACAAAUACUUUUUUUAGUUUCAGGGUUUUGAAAAUUGAGGUGUGCAUUAGAUUCGAUAUCACAUUAGACUCGAGUAAAUAUAUGUAGAGAACAUAUAAAUGACUCUCAUUUAUAACUAUAAAUGAGUUAUCAAAAAUGGAAACAGAACUUGGAAAGGGUUUUUUUUAACUGUAGCUCUAAGACAACUCUAGCCAGCAAGGGCACUCAGCAUGCUAACAAUUUAUGUUGUAUCCCACCUUUCUUCUGAUAAUGGUGCUCAAAGUGGCUAACAACAUACUAAAAGUUAAAAAUAAUUCAAAGGUAAUAACCAUAUAAAAAUAAGAUUUUAAAAACAAAUGCUUUUAAGUAAAAACAAUAAGCAUUAAAAUAUUGAAAUUAGCUCUAUAAAAAACCUUAAAAGUUUAAUACUAGCAUUGCAUAUCAUCAAAAGCCUCAUCUUCAUCAAUAUGCAAAAGCCUGACAGAGAUUUAAUUUUAAAAUCCAGGUAAACAUUUGUUAAAUAUAAAAGCAUAAUUACUGCAUGUUGGAAUAAAUAUGGAAAUAAGUGAAAAGACCAAAAUGUACAAAUUGUGAAAACCCAAGAACUAUACUAUGUUAUAGCUACUGUUCAGUUUUUUCAGUGAUUAUGGAUGAAAUAUUUCAUAUCCCAAAAGGCAUCUGUUUAGAAAUUCCACUUAACGAUUAUUAUUUAAUUAAACAUGAAGGCCAGAAUUUUGUUAAAUGCUUCCUCAUUGAUUUUUUGAGUGCAAAUACAGAUUUAUAAUUGCUUUUAAUGCCGUUUACAUUUUCUAAAAAUAGUUUGUUUUGAAUUUCACUCAGCAGUUAUUGUUCAUAUUGAAAAUUACCAAAGGACCUUUUAUGCUAUCCAUUUUGCAUUAUUUAUGGAUUUUAUAUAAGAUUGGCUGUUUUAAAGUAAACAGCAUCAGGUUUUUAAAACACUUUUUUCCUUGCUAUUUUAAAUGGAUCUCUGAGAGGCAUUCAUUUAAAUAGAAUGCCAUUUUCAGAUAUGAUGGAUUUCAUAAUUAAGAGAGUGGUUAGUCUAAGUAAUCGUUUUUAUCAGCAGUACUUUGAGGUUCCUUUGGGAUGAUGAGUCAUGGAUUAUUUCACUUCGUUAGCAGAAAUUCAAAUUGUAUCUAGUGCUGUAGAUUGUGAGGUUUUUCACUGUUGUUCAGCAGUUCCCAACUUUCCACGCCAUAGAUUGUAUUGGCUAGGUCUGCUUGAGAGUACGAUCCAAAAACAUCUGGGAGGCUGUACAAUUCUCACACCUAAACAAUAAGAAGCCAGUCAGACUACUGUGAGAAUAAGGUGCCAAAAUGUAUGAAACCCACUCUUAUACGAGUACUUUCUAAUACUAUUACUCUUGUUUUGUUCAUUAGUUUACAUAUAUAGUAUGCCGAUUUAUCUGUAUAGUUGCUACUUGUACAAAGCAUAGUAUUGUGUUAAUUGUGUGUCAAAACAACAAUAAGCAUGUUUUGUCAUAUGAGCAGAGGUUUUCUUUUUGUAACAGAUGGUUAUUUAGCAUUCAUCCUCCCACUGAAGAGAUUUCUAAAAAAUGGACCCACACAGUUCGCAGCUCUUGCAUUAUUUCAACAAAAUGAAAUUCUGAGUGUAAAUUAUUCUGAGUUUAAGUUAUCUGUCAACAAGAGAUUAUAAUAAAAUAUGAUGUAUAGGACCACUUGCAUUGUGACCUGUAGAAAGCCAUCUGUAGUGGCUUCUUAGGUACUUCAUUACGUCCCGUUUUAGAAAUGAAUACAUUAUACUGGGUAAAGGAACAAAUAACCAAUACAUUGUGUACAUUAGCUAUUAAUAAAUUUCAUGAGUGAUAUUUAAUAAGAGGUAACCCUAUAGCUAUACAAAUCAGAUUUAAUUUUAGAUAUUAUAAAAUACAGAAUUGCUCUACAUGUAUUCUUAUAUAGAAACCUUUACUUAUUGAGCCUAGAAGUCUUAUGAGCUUUUAAAUAUAACUUAAUACAAAAUGUAUUUGCUUGAAUGGUAGAUUUAAGGUUUACAGCCAAGGAUCAGUGACAGAUUAAAAAGACUGCUUUACAGCAAGAACCUAACGCUCUUAACAACUGUGCUAUUCUUCCAUGUACACAUUCAAGAAAAGGGACAGCACGCAAAAGGAAGACCAGAGCGAUACACUCGCUAAGGAUGAUGAGGGUAAACACUCUUACAGAUAAAGCAUGUGGUCACAGAAAUCCUAUGCAGUAUAAUAGAAAAAGAACUCAAAUAAUUUUCCAUUUGGAGCCUAACUGUUGAAUACUGUGAUCUAACAACAAAAGAAGACCAAGCUUUUAUAAACAUUAACAAUAUAUCCUCUAGAUUGUGUGGGCUCAUGGUAACAUUUUCUGAAUGUGGAGUAUUUUUCUAUGGAAGAACAUAAAAUCUGAAACAGUAUUUCUUUUUUGUUUUAAUCUACAAUAACCACAGAAAUUUGGAUGUGAUUACUGCUAAUAUAAUGGAGUAGUGACUACCAAGUUUAGGAAUUCUGUUGAAAUCUGAUAGACUAGUCAAAAGACAACUUUGUAAUAAUUGACAUUUGACCCUAAAAAGCACUUUUUGUUGUGUGUCUUCAAGUCAUUUAUGACUUACGAUGAUACGAAGGUAAACCCAUCGCUGGAUUUACUUGGCAAGAUUUGCUUCAUUUAAACAUUUCUGUGGAUGUAUUUCCCCCUCCAAAUUUUAUAUAUUUCCAAACUGAAAUUACUUUAGUGCGUAAUCUAAACUUUUAAUUUCAAGACUGUACUUCAUUCUGGUCAAUGUGUGUUCAUAGUUCAAAGAAGCAACGUGUGUCUGCUGUCAUACUAUUAAUGUUUUACAUAAUAAUUAUCAAGAGUGUCAAUUAUUUUGGACUAGCAUUUUUAGCUUUAUUUGUAUGCUUAUUCAUACAUCUUUGCAUGAUCACUGUGCAGCUGCAAAUCAUAGUUGCAAAGGACUAUACCUGUUCUAGUAACUGAUGAACUAUUAGCAGAAAUGCUUUGGAGGGAAAAGUCAGUUUUAUGCCAAUAUAUCUCUAAAUGCACAAUUCCCACUUAAUUCAAUAGCACUUUGUUAUAAUCAAGCACAUGUAGACAAUAUUGAGCAGAAAAUUUGUAUUAUGGAGUUUUCAAUAGUUUUCUGCUCUUAUUUUUUGCUUAUUACUACAGCUGUUUGCCAUAUAUACUAGUGAUAAUGGAUACGGAUGGCCCUCAGUAUCCACAAAUUCUGUGCCUGUAGCUUGAUACUAUUCCAUCAAAAAACACAAAUUCCAAAAAAAAGAAAAAAAAGAAAUACUGAUUUUGCCAUUUUAUAUAGGGGACACCAUUUUACUACAUCACUGUAUAUAAUAGGACUUGAGCAUCCACAGAUUUUGCCAUCUACGGAGUGUCUUGGAACCGAACCCCAGCAGGUACCAAGGGCCCAUUGUACUAGAGAUUGUAGUUCGCAACACUGAGAAGACCACACAAUUCCCAUCCCUGACUUAAAUCCAGUUAACUGGAGUAGAUCUAGUGAAUCAACUACCAACUGAUAUAUCAAUAUUUACAUAAAUCUCAUUGAUUUGGUGGGUUUAUUCUGUCAAAAGAGCAGUAAUUAGAUGUAAGCCUUUGUGUCAUUCUCUGUGUUGACUAAAACUAUAAGGAGACAAAAGACUGUACAACUCUAGGCAUAACAAAUGUGCCCUUUAAAAAUAAUAUCUGAAAACUAUUUCUAGGCUGUUGCUAAAUAUAAUAACCCUGCUGAUGUGUAAGAAAUGUAGGGUUGUUCUGCUUAGAUGUUAUGAGUCAUGACCACAUUUCCUGUGUCAGGGUUUUUUUUUUUGUUGUUGUUCUUUUGGAAUGGACUUUUUAAAAAAAUGUACAUGACCCUCUAUAUUUAAUAAUUAUUUUAGUAGGAAGUCAUUUUUCCUUACUACUCAUGUAUACAAGGUUCUAGCAUUGAAAACUUCCAGGGUUGAGUACCUUCUCCAAUUAAGCCUCAGGCCCCAUCUACACUGGUAAUUUCAUGCAGUUCAAAGCCAGCUUCAAUCUGUGGUGGCUAAACUCCUACAAAAGUGCUCUGUGGCUUGUGCAGUCACUAACCCAGUUUCAGAUUCCAAUAUUUCCUAUGUAAUCCUCUGCACAGCAAAAUCACAUUCUUCACUACCAGUAUGGAACUGCAUUAAAUAGUGAGUGCAGAUGCGACCUCAGUCUCUGCCAGGAUAGUUCUAUGUUAAUUCCAGACAUAUAGUUCUGGUUCAAACUGAAAUGUUAACAAAUGUUUUCUGGCGAUAAAAAUUUCCUCUGAAGUAAAUUUUUAUAGUUAACGCUUUGUUAAAACUGUCAUUGAUGUAUACAUUGCACAAAAAUGCCAGCAUCAAACAGAUGGUUGUCCAAGUGUGAUUAUUUGUACCCAAAAUAAUAAAAAACAGUAUCAUUA